CGAUAUGUUGUAUUACUUUUGACUGUUGUAUUUUCCAUUUUCUGUUAUAAUGAUGACGUAAAUUAAAUAAAUAAAUACUUUUCCAACUCCCACAUUGUCUUACCAAGGAUUUUCCUUCAGUUUCUCUCAUUUUCUUGACAAAUUAAAAAGGAAAUGGAUCGAUACAGAACUCUAAAAAUUAUACAAAAAAUCCCAAAUUCACCGGUUGUCCACUUAUACCUGAACCGCCCACAUCAACGGAAUGCACUUUCCCACGAUUUCUUUACCGAAUUGCCAAACGCACUUUCAUGUCUCGACCAAGACCCUAACGUCAGCGUGAUAAUUCUCGCCGGCGCCGGCGAUCAUUUCUGCUCGGGAAUCGACCUCAAGACAUUCAAUUCAAUCACCGAGCAGACACUUUCCGGUGACAGGGGCCGAGCUAACGAGAAGCUCCGGCGGCAGAUAAAGUAUUUACAAGAGGCGAUAACUGCGAUAGAGAAGUGUAGGAAACCAGUGAUAGCGAGUAUUCAUGGGGCCUGUAUUGGUGGUGGUGUUGACAUAGUUACUGCCUGUGAUAUUAGGUUUUGCUGUCAAGAUUCGUUUUUUAGUGUGAAGGAGGUCGAUUUAGGGUUAACUGCGGAUCUUGGCACGUUACAGAGGUUACCUUCGAUUAUUGGGUUUGGUAAUGCUAUGGAAUUGGCUUUAACGGGUCGAAGGUUUUCCAGUCAUGAGGCUAAGGAGUUUGGGCUUGUCUCUCGGGUUUUUGGGUCUAAAGAGGAUUUGGAUGAGGGUGUCAGGCUUGUUGCUGAGGGAAUUGCUGCAAAGUCUCCUCUGGCCGUCACUGGGACAAAAGCAGUCUUAUUAAGAAGCAGGGACUUGAAUACAGAGCAAGGGUUGGAUUAUGUUGCAACUUGGAAUUCUGCAAUGCUUGUAUCUGAUGAUCUUAAGGAGGCUGUGAAAGCACAAAUCCAGAAACGAGACGCUGUUUUUGCCAAGCUUUAAGAUCGACCUAAUGGUCUGUGCUAGACUUUGCACAUCUUUUUCGUACCUUGGCUGGCACACCUACCAAAUAGAAUAAGUGGUUUUCUUGUUGCCCACAAAUAAAUGGUACACUGCUUGAUUAACCUUGUAAUGCAUAUUAUGUUUUCCUGUGAAUUAUUACAAGUUUGGAACAGAAAUGCCCUUGAUAUAGAUGCUAUAUGUUGAGCCAAA